AUGUUAACGACAACAGGAAUAGGAAUUUUAGUAACAAAUGAUCAGUAUAAUAAUAGUAACUAUCAAAAUUACAAUUAUCGGUAUAACAACAGCAACAGAAACUUUCAUAAUAAUAAUCAUCAAUCUUAUAACAACAACUAUGGUAGGAACAACGCCUGGUUUAAUUAUAAUCAGAGAAGGCAGAUUCAAUGUGACGAUCAAAAUCAUAAUAAUUACCGAUCUUACAAUAACAAUUCAAGUUAUGAAGGAAACAACAGGUGGCAUAAUAAUGAUAACCAAAGAAAACAAAUUGAAUAUGACGAUCGUAAUAGGUGGAAGGAUUUUAAUCAAAGAAAACAAAUCCAGUAUGAUAAUCGAAACUUCUACGAUAGCAAUAAUUUUAAUAUGAGCAUUGAAGAAAUUGGGGAAAAUAAAGUUGACAUUGCCAAAGAUAAUAAUGAUAAUGAUUUCAAUGUCAACAACCUGGCUGAAAAUACAGACAAAGGUGAUGACAGUGCUUUUAUGACUACUUUGAAAUUAAAUAAUAUUAAUACUACUAUGCAGGUCAACACUGGAUCAAAUAUAUCAUCAUACCUCAUGAUAUGGCUAAAAAAAAUUGGUAUAAGAGAAAUGAAGAAAUCCAGAAAUGUCGAUACCAAUUAUGAAGACGAAAUCAAUAAAUUUAUUAAAGAUUGUGAAUCGAAAUUGACUAGCGAACCAAUUAACAAAAUUGAUCUUGUGGGCGAAGAACGGAAAAGAUGGAUACACGAAAAAAUUAUUGAGCCUGUAAAUGAUGUGCGAUGGGCGAGUCCUAUAACCGCCGUAUACAAAGAUGAUGGGAGCAUCAGGUUUUGCGCAGAUUUUAAAGACACUAUAAACCCAGUUCUCGAAGACUUUAGAUACCCACUUCCACGUAUAAAUGAUCUUAUAGCUAAACUUUCAGAAGGAAAAAAUUUUUACCAAAAUCGAUUUCAAAAAUACUUUUCUAUAAGUUCCGAUCGAUAA